GUAGAGUUUUGAGAGGUGCUUGCUAUUGAGUUGCUUGUAGAAUCCUAUAUAUAGGGUUUGUUUUUACUACUAGACCCACCAAGCUUGGCAGGAGUCUCUUAACACCGACGGCGGAAGUGGGCAGCUUCGGUUUCAGAGUCUUGAACCGACGGGUUUUUGAUUAUUCGAGUGGCGCACGUGAAGGGCCCCAUCCUGGAAUCAUACAGGCACAAUCAUACAGGAUGUGAUGACUGGCACGUAGGUUUUGCAUCUUUUUGAUUGAUUUUGCGUUGUGUAAACAUGUUCUAGAUCAAUAUUUUUUUUGCUCAAGGGAUGCCCUUGUGACCUGGAUGAUUCCCAUCAGAGUUACAGUCUAGACCCUGCGCACUAGUCUGGUGUUUCGGCUCAAGCAGAACGCGGGUGAUUUCUUUGUUUGAGACGUCAAUUGCCAUCCAGCCAUGCCGUCGUUUGCGCACUUCAUCUCAAUCGUGGCCCUGGUGCUCCCAGCCGGGGCAAUUCGGCAGAAAGAGGGUGAGCAGAGUGGUUGCUUCAAAGGUGAGGGCCAUUGUUGCCAUGCCAAAUGCGAUGGAUCUCACGAGUUUGGAGAUCAAACGCUGAAGUACACGAAGUGUGAGAUCCUGGAGGGUGAGUUCCGGAUGAAUGGCAAGCGCAUGACCCCAGGAGACUUGAAGAAGGACGGCUUGGAAGUGGCCGAAAGUGACUACGUUUGCCGGGAGCGCUGCAAUGUGGAAGGCAAAGGGAUUGAUCGCCCUGACACCAUCGUCUACCGUGCAGGUGGCCUACCACACGUUCGCUUCGGAGAACAGCUGUGCCCCUUCGACCUCAAUGGAUAGACCCAACUUGACGACUGCAGAGCCACUGCCGUGCGUCGU